CAUCUUCGUUUCGUAAAGAAGCUCAACCCGUGUGCUGUAGCUAAACUAAACUAGCAUGUGGGAUAUGUUUCGUCUUAGUUCAACUCUCACCGUCAAUUUGAACCGAACUGGCUUAAUUGACCAACAGACAAACUUUAUGAAAUGGUCGUGGGCAGACGGCCGUAUAUAAACCCACUGCUUAUGUUGUUGUCUUGGCCAGCUAAUACCAAGUUAGCUAGAUGCUAAACUCUCCAGGAAACCCCCGGACCUCGCUGCUCCCACCUGCCCGGCUGACAGCAUCGGGAGGCGGCCGACCUGCCACCUGCCAGCGGGUCAACCUCCAGCUCUCCAGCCCAGCAUCACCAGCACCACCGCAGCCAGCGCAGGCGUGGUGAGCAGAACCGCAGGCAGGGGGCGGCAACAUGGCGGGGGACAGCAGAGCAGCAGCAGCACAGACACCGAGACACGCACAUUACAGAGAGCGGCUCUCUCACAUACACACACAGCUUUGUGUACACAGCGCCGGUCAGUCUGCUCAGUUAGCCGACCGGCACCGACAACACAACGGACUCUCUCACCGGAACUCUGCAGAGUGGAUCUGACUGACAGAGAGUGAUUUCUUGUUUUGUGUUGUUGUUUUCGCGAGUGUUCCUCUCUUUCAUUUCUGUUUGAUGCUCCAGAGCACUGAUUGGAUUUACUACCAGGAGGAAGCGUGUAACUAUAGCCUUCUGAAGCCGCCCGGUUUGGGUGGAAAUGACAAGCGAGAGACCGGUGACAAUGCCGGGCUCCAUGUCGCUCUCGGACCGACAACCUCCUCCAGGUCACCGGCAACACGCGGCUGCAGUCUCCGCUGAGACAGUGAUGAUGUCCGGCUCAGGUUCAGUGGUGUUCCCGGCUGGGAUUAUCAAUCCAUCGGUGCCAAUCCGGAAUAUCAAAAUGAAAUUUGCUGUUGUCAUCGGACUGAUCCAGGUUGGAGAAGUGAACAACCGGGAUAUUGUUGAAACGGUGCUGAAUCUGUUGGUUGGUGGUGAGUUUGAUCUGGAGACGAACUUCAUCAUCCAGGAUGCCGAGAGCAUCGGCUGCAUGGUGGAGCUGCUGGGCCACUGCGACGUCACCUGCCAGGCUGAAAUCUGGAGCAUGUUCACCGCCAUCCUUCGGAAAAGCGUUCGAAACCUGCAAACAAGCACCGAGGUGGGCCUCAUCCAGCAGGUGCUGCUCAAAAUGAGCUCGGUGGACGACAUGAUUGCAGACUUGCUAGUGGACAUGUUGGGAGUGCUGGCCAGCUACAGCAUCACAGUGAAGGAACUGAAGCUGCUCUUCAGCAUGCUACGAGGGGAAGGAGGCCUCUGGCCGAAGCAUGCGGUCAAAAUGUUGUCGGUGCUGAAUCAGAUGCCCCAGAGACACGGUCCAGAUGCCUUCUUCAACUUUCCUGGUCGCAGUGCAGCAGCCAUUGCUUUACCUCCUAUCGCCAAGUGGCCUUAUCAGAGCGGGUUUACAUUCAACACCUGGUUCAGGAUGGAUCCCUUGAACAACAUCAACGUUGACAAGGACAAACCAUAUCUCUACUGCUAUCGGACCAGCAAGGGCAUCGGCUACUCUGCACAUUUUGUUGGCAACUGCCUGAUCGUGACAUCACUCAAGUCUAAAGGAAAGGGUUUCCAGCACUGUGUGAAGUAUGAUUUUCAGCCCAGGAAGUGGUACAUGAUCAGUAUAGUCCACAUCUACAGCCGCUGGAGGAACAGUGAAAUCCGAUGCUACGUUAACGGACAGCUCGUUUCUUAUGGAGACAUGGCGUGGCACGUCAACACGAAUGAUAGUUAUGAUAAGUGCUUCCUCGGGUCCUCGGAGACCGCAGACGCAAACAGAGUCUUCUGCGGGCAGCUAGGAGCCGUCUAUGUGUUCAGCGAAGCCCUCAAUCCCGCGCAGAUAUUUGCAAUUCAUCAGCUGGGACCAGGCUAUAAGAGCACAUUUAAGUUCAAGUCAGAGAGUGAUAUCCACUUGGCCGAGCAUCACAAGCAGGUGUUGUACGACGGCAAGUUGGCAAGCUCCAUCGCCUUCACCUAUAACGCCAAGGCCACCGACGCCCAGCUCUGCCUGGAGUCCUCGCCGAAAGAAAACGCCUCCAUCUUUGUGCACUCACCGCACGCCCUUAUGCUACAGGAUGUUAAAGCCACAGUGACUCACUCCAUCCACAGUGCCAUCCAUUCCAUCGGUGGGAUCCAGGUGCUCUUCCCGCUCUUCGCUCAGCUGGACUACCAUCAGCUCAACGACAGCCAGGUGGAAUCCACAGUAUGUGCCACUCUCCUGGCCUUCCUGGUGGAGCUGCUCAAGAGCUCCGUGGCCAUGCAGGAGCAGAUGCUGGGAGGGAAGGGCUUCUUGGUGAUUGGAUACCUGCUGGAGAAGUCAUCACGUGCUCACAUCACCAGGGCCGUAUUAGAGCUGUUCCUCUCCUUUGCAAAGUAUCUGGACGGCCUGACUCACGGGGCACCGCUGCUGAAGCAGCUGUGUGACCACAUCCUCUUCAACGCCGCCAUCUGGAUCCACACCCCCGCCAAGGUACAGCUCUCUCUGUACACAUACCUUUCUGCCGAAUUCAUCGGCACGGCAACCAUCUACAACACAAUCCGUCGAGUGGGCACCGUGCUGCAGCUCAUGCACACGCUAAAGUACUACCACUGGGCCGUCAACCCCGCAGACGGCAGCGGCCUCGCGCCAAAGGGACUCGAUGGUCCAAGGCCGACCCAGAAAGAAAUAAUUUCUCUGCGGGCAUUCAUGCUUCUCUUCCUCAAGCAACUCAUCCUGAAGGACCGAGGUGUGAAGGAGGAUGAGCUGCAGAGCAUCCUGAACUAUUUGUUAACAAUGCAUGAGGAUGAGAAUCUGCAUGAUGUGUUGCAGUUGGUGGUGGCCCUCAUGUCUGAGCAUCCAGCCUCCAUGAUCCCCGCCUUCGACCAGAGAAAUGGAAUACGGGUAAUCUACAAGCUCAUGGCCUCGAAGAGUGAAAGCAUUCGAGUACAAUCCCUCAAAGUCCUCGGCUACUUCCUCAAGCAUUUGGGCCACAAGAGGAAGGUGGAGAUCAUGCACACACACAGUCUCUUCACUCUCCUGGGAGAGAGGCUCAUGCUGCACACCAACACUGUGACCGUGACGACCUACAACACUCUGUACGAGAUUCUGACAGAGCAGGUGUGCACACAGGUAGUUCACAAACCUCAUCCCGAGCCCGACUCCACUGUCAAGAUUCAGAACCCAAUGAUUCUCAAGGUGGUGGCCACCUUAUUGAAGAGCUCCGCCCCCAGUCCUGAGCUGAUGGAAGUCCGGCGGCUCUUCCUGUCAGACAUGAUCAAACUGUUCAGCAACAGCCGAGAGAACAGACGGUGUCUGCUGCAGUGCUCCGUGUGGCAGGACUGGAUGUUUUCUCUCGGCUACAUCAACCCUAAAAACUCUGACGAGCAGAAGAUCACUGAGAUGGUGUACAACAUCUUUCGUAUCCUACUCUACCACGCCAUCAAGUAUGAGUGGGGAGGAUGGCGCGUGUGGGUGGACACACUCUCUAUAGCCCACUCUAAGGUGACAUAUGAGGCACAUAAAGAGUACUUGGCUAAGAUGUAUGAAGAGUACCAGCGUCAGGAGGAGGAGAACAUUAAGAAAGGGAAGAAGGGUUUGGUCAGCACCAUCUCUGGUCUGUCUGCUCAGGCCGCCGGCAUCAACGGCGCAAUUGAGAUCAGAGAAAUGGACUCCCAGACACCUGAGAGCGAGAAGGACUACGAGAGCGCAGACUCGCGCAACCUGCUGGCCGAAGGGAAGGGGCCCGAAGAUGGUCUCAGAGGAACGGAGAGCGCAGUAGACGGGGUCAGGGUCGAAGCUCACGACCUUCUGGUGGACAUCAAGGCUGAGAAGGUAGAGGCUACAGAGGUGAAGCUAGAUGAUCUGGACCUGUCCUCUGAAACUCUGGGAGUGUCUGAGAACGGAGCGCUGGUGGAGGUGGAUUCUCUGCUGGAUAAUGUUUAUUGCGCUGCAGUGGUAAAGCUCAACAGUAACAGCGUGUUGUUGCCAAAGUGCAGCAUUGACGACCAAAAUGCACCCCCUCUCAUUACUCUAGAUGACGACAAGGACAGCAUCCCUAACAGCUUCCUGUUUGGCAAGGUGGCAGACAAGCCGCUGCAUGAUCUCAGUACAGCUGAGCCUCUGGUGCUGCCCAGCCCGGAGCCCCCAGUCCACACCGGCGCCGCCGACGAACUGAGCCUUCUCGCUCACAUGGCAGGCAGCUCCGAGCUCGGCUCCUUACCCAGCAUCCUGGAGAAGGAUGAGUUUGAACUACAGGCAGCCUCGGAGGGCAUCAGCUCUGUGGCUGGUAUCGAGGCCGGGGUCUCCUCCACAGGUCCAGAGAUUACCGAGGGCACGGCCACAGCAUCAUCUGAAGGGGAACCCUCAGAUGUUCAGACCAGCAGCGCAGCAGACGCAACAAGCAACACUUCUGACACAGAGAGGUCAGAUGACGGGAAAGACAAGGAGAUGAAGAAGAUCCAGACGACAGCCACCACGCAGAGUCUACACGGCCGCCUAGCCACUCCGAUGGAGAGGGACAUCUGCGUGGACUUGGGCUUCAGGGGGACACCCAUGACGGAUGAACAGCGGCGGCAGUUCAGCCCCGGCCCACGCACCACCAUGUUCCGCAUCCCGGAGUUCAAAUGGUCAGCCAUGCACCAGAGGCUGCUCACUGACCUGCUGUUUGCUCUGGAGAGCGACGUCCAUGUGUGGAGGAGCCACUCCACCAAAUCUGUCAUGGACUUUGUUAAUAGUAAUGAGAACAUCAUUUUUGUUCACAACACCAUCCACCUCAUCUCCCAAAUGGUAGACAACAUCAUCAUCGCUUGUGGAGGGAUCUUGCCCCUUCUCUCAGCGGCCACCUCUCCCACUACGGAGUUGGAGAACAUCGAGGCAACGCAGGGCAUGUCCUCAGAGACCGCCAUCACCUUCCUGUCCCGUCUCAUGGUCAUGGUCGACGUGUUGGUGUUCUCCAGCUCCCUCAACUUCAGCGAGAUCGAGGCUGAGAAGAACAUGUCCUCCGGUGGCCUGAUGCGUCAGUGCCUCCGACUAGUGUGUUGUGUGGCUGUUAGGAACUGCCUCGAGUGCAGGCAGAGACACAGAGACAGAGGGAAUAAGUCCAUUCCCAACAACAACAACAAGGAAAUCCUGCAAAAUGCUGUGACUUCCAACAAGGACCCUGAUCGCCUUCUGCAGGAUGUGGACAUCAAUCGACUGCGCGCUGUGGUGUUUCGUGAUGUGGAUGACAGUAAGCAAGCCCAGUUCCUGGCUUUAGCCGUGGUGUACUUCAUCUCUGUCCUCAUGGUCUCCAAGUACCGCGACAUCCUGGAGCCGCAGCGCGAGACUGCCAGGAUCAUCCAAUCGGUCCGCAGCAUGCGUCAGGAGAUCAACUCACCGACUAGCACAGAACCCCCUCUAGCAUUUAACAGCAGUAAGGAGCAUUCUGCACCAUCAGACCUCCACAUGGAGAGCUCCCUUCCCCACACAGACUCUGGUAUCGGAGAGGAGCAGCUAGCCGGCGUCCUCAACGGGUCUGACCUGGAGCACGGCGCGGGCCUGCUCAUAUCUACGCUGUCCUCAGAAGUGAAGAAGUCCCGGGAGAGUCUGUCUGAAUCGCCCAGCGUGGAGGUGCUGAAAUCGGCCUCCUCCAUCGUCAGCAUCAGCCAGCCCAGCAAGGGCAUCAAUGUCAAGGAGAUUCUGAAGAGCCUGGUGGCGGCUCCGUCGGAGGGCAUGAUGGAGGCAGGGCUGGAGCCCGUGUCCUACCCAGACCCUGCUGCCAGCACCCAGGCCCAGGCCAUGCUGCCCAUGCAGUUCCACUCCUUUGACAGGAGCGUGAUGGUGCCUGUGAAGAAAACCUCCCCUGGCAGCCUAGCCGUUAACACGGUGGGAAACAGCGGCAGCACCUCUGCGGGGCUGACAGCUGGCAGCACCCCCAACAUCUUUGCUGCUGCCUCUGCGACCCCCAAAAGCAUGAUCAACACCACGGGAGCUACCGAUGCAGCCCCCUCUACCUCCUCUUCCUCCAGCUUUGUCAACGGAGCCACCAGUAAGAAUCUGCCGGCCGUGCAGACGGUGGCCCCCAUGCCUGAAGACACAGAAGAAAACAUGAGUGCCUUUUGUGAGGUGGGCCAGUGUCCACUCCGCCAGGGCCUGACACCUCCCGAGCUCAAACCCUUUAGCUCCCUGACAGGAUUACAAGCAGCCUCCAGAGAUGCAGGCCAGUGUCUUAGCAUCACCACGAAGCUGGAGAGGGCCUUGGAGAAGGUGGCGCCCCUGCUGAGAGAGAUCUUCGUGGACUUUGCGCCCUUCCUGUCGCGCACCCUGCUGGGCAGCCACGGGCAGGAGCUGCUCAUAGAAGGUCUGGUGUGUAUGAAGUCGAGCACUUCAGUGGUGGAGCUCGUCAUGCUGCUUUGUUCUCAGGAAUGGCAGAACUCCAUUCAGAAGAACGCUGGCCUGGCUUUCAUUGAGCUGAUCAACGAAGGAAGGUUGCUGUGCCAUGCCAUGAAGGACCACAUAGUUCGGGUUGCCAACGAGGCCGAGUUCAUCCUGAACAGACAGCGAGCAGAGGACGUCCACAAACACGCAGAGUUUGAGUCCAACUGUGCCCAAUACGCUGCGGACAGAAAAGAAGAAGAGAAAAUGUGCGACCACCUGCUCAGCGCCGCUAAACACAGAGACCAUGUGACGGCCAACCAGUUAAAGCAGAAAAUCGUCAACAUCCUCACCAACAAGCACGGCGCCUGGGGGACGCUGGCCCAGAGUCAGCUGCACGACUUCUGGCGUCUCGACUACUGGGAAGACGACCUGCGGCGGAGGCGGAGAUUUGUCAGAAACCCAUUUGGCUCCACCCACUUGGACGUCACAUGCAAGUCACUGCAGGAGUAUGAGACGAGGGGAAGUCAACGCUGGUGGCUUCUGAUGGACUGCUCACUUUGCACAGAGGAGGACGAGGUGGUCAAGUCUAAGAAAGUCUUCCGCAGCCAACCCGUGGCCAGCCAGAACCCCGAGACGGAGCUGAUGCUGGAGGGAGAUGAAGACGCCGUCAGCCUGCUGCAGGAGAAGGAGAUGGACAACCUGGGUGGCCCAGUGGUGCUGAGCAGCCCGGCCCAGCUCGUGGCCCCCGUCCUGGUGGCCCGCGGGACUCUGUCCAUCACCACCACUGAGAUCUACUUCGAGGUGGACGAGGAUGACCCAGCCUUCAAGAGGGUCGACUCAAAGGUCUUAGCAUACACUGAGGGUCUACAUGGGAAGUGGAUGUUCAGUGAGAUCCGGGCAGUCUUCUCCAGGCGCUACCUCCUGCAGAACACGGCGAUGGAGGUCUUUAUGGCCAACAGAACAUCAGUCAUGUUCAACUUUCCUGACCAGGCCACGGUAAAGAAAGUGGUCUACAGUCUUCCUCGAGUGGGAGUGGGCACCAGCUAUGGACUUCCACAAGCCAGACGCAUCUCCCUGGCCACCCCUCGGCAGCUUUUCAAAUCCUCCAACAUGACCCAGCGCUGGCAGAGGAGAGAGAUCUCCAACUUUGAGUACCUCAUGUUUCUCAACACUAUCGCAGGGAGGACAUACAAUGACCUGAACCAGUACCCGGUCUUUCCCUGGGUCCUCACCAACUACGACUCAGAGGAGCUGGACCUGACCUUGCCAGGGAACUUCAGAGAUCUCUCAAAGCCUGUUGGUGCUCUGAAUCCGAAGCGUGCAGCUUUCUACGCUGAACGUUACGAGACUUGGGAAGACGACCAGACGCCACCUUGUCAUUACAACUUCCACUACUCCACAGCUGCCUCCACCCUGCACUGGCUUGUCAGAAUAGAGCCCUUCACCACGUUCCUCCUCAGUGCCAAUAACAACAAAUUCGACCACCCUGACCGCACCUAUUCAGCCGUUGCCCGCUCCUGGAGAAACUGCCAGAGGGACACCUCAGAUGUAAAGGAACUGAUUCCAGAGUUCUACUACCUCCCGGAGAUGUUUGUCAACAGCAACGGCUACCAUCUGGGAAUGAGGGAGGACAGGACCAUGGUUUGUGACGUGGACUUGCCAGCCUGGGCCAAGAAGCCUGAAGACCUUGUUAGGAUCAACAGGAUGGCCCUGGAAAGCGAGUUUGUGUCAUGUCAGCUGCAUCAGUGGAUUGACCUUAUUUUCGGCUACAAGCAGCGAGGCCCGGAGGCAGUGCGUGCCCUCAACGUCUUUCACUACCUGACUUACGAGGGCUCCGUCAAGCUGGACAGUAUCACUGACCCUUCGCUCAGAGAGGCCACAGAGGCACAGAUCCAGAGCUUUGGACAGACGCCAUCUCAGUUGCUUAUUGAGCCACAUCCUCCACGCAGCUCCGCCAUGCACCUGUGUUUCCUUCCACAGAGUCCUCUCAUGUUCAAGGACCAGAUGCAGCAGGAUGUCAUCAUGGUGCUGAAGUUUCCGUCCAAUUCGCCGGUAACGCACGUGGCCGCCAACACCCUGCCCCACCUUACCGUCCCCGCCGUGGUCACGGUCACCUGCAGCCGCGUAUUUGCCGUCAACCGAUGGCACAACACCGUUGGUCUCCGAGGAGCACCAGGCUACUCUCUUGAGCAGGCCCAUCACCUACCGAUAGAGAUGGAUUCUCUGGUCGCCAACAAUACUGGAAGCAACAAGCGUCAGAUCACAGACCUAGUGGACCAGAGCAUCCAAAUCACCACGCACUGUUUCGUGGUGACAGCUGACAACCGCUACAUACUGGUGUGUGGCUUCUGGGACAAGAGCUUUCGUGUGUACUCCUCCGAGACAGGCAAGCUGACCCAGAUAGUGUUUGGCCACUGGGACGUGGUGACAUGUCUGGCCAGAUCAGAGUCUUACAUCGGAGGGGACUGCUACAUCGUCUCUGGGUCCAGGGAUGCUACACUUCUGCUGUGGUAUUGGAGUGGACGGCACCAUAUUAUCGGCGACAACCCCAAUAACAGUGACUAUCCAGCACCACGAGCAGUUUUGACGGGUCAUGACCAGGAAGUUGUGUGUGUGUCAGUCUGUGCAGAGCUGGGCCUGGUCAUCAGCGGAGCCAAAGAAGGUCCAUGUCUGGUUCACACCAUCACAGGGGACCUGCUGCGCGCUCUGGAGGGGCCGGACCACUAUCAGUGCCCACGGCUCAUCUCCGUGUCCAGUGAGGGCCACUGCAUCAUCUACUAUGAGAGGGGGCGCUUCUGCAACUUCAGCAUUAAUGGAAAACUGCUGGCACAGAUGGAGGUCAAUGAUUCCACCAGGGCUAUCCUCCUGAGCAGUGAUGGCCACAACCUAUCCACAGGUGGGGAUAAUGGUGUGGUGGAGGUGUGGCAGGCCUGUGACUUCAAACAGCUCUACGUCUACCCUGGCUGUGAUGCUGGCGUCCGAGCCAUGGACCUAUCACACGAUCAAAGGACUUUGAUCACAGGCAUGUCCUCUGGCAGUAUCGUGGCAUUUAACAUCGAUUUCAACCGGUGGCACUACGAGCAUCAAAACAGGUACUGAGGAGAGACAGAUCCAAGCAGCAGGAGGCAAGUGUGGAGGGUUAAGAGAAACAGCGACUAACCAGUGACCGAGCGGUGCUGCAGAAGAUGGAGGAGAUCCAGUGGGCUGGAGAACAUCACCAUGGUGACACUAGUAAAGAACAAGGUGUACUUACAUGUGUUCAUCUGCCCUCUAAGGCGAACUUGUUGCUCUGUAUCUGUUGCUGAACAGUCUGGAUGCAUUUUCUGUUGGUUUUCAUGUCUUACCCGAGCACCAGCUGAUGCAUUUCCCCAAAUGAGUCAAGCAGGUCUGUUGUUCAGGGCAAGGAGAGACUGAGAUCAACUUAAGUUAACACAGUUAAUAAAACAUACUUAAUGUAAGUGUUUAAGUUCCUGUUUCAAACUGUGAAAAUGCAAAACAAAAUGAAUCCUCUGUUAGGAACAUUUAUACAACAUUUGUAUGGCAGAUACAUAUCUCACUUGAAACACUUUUCUAGAAAAAAUAAAUGAAAACCUGUACUGUAAAUAUGGACAGUGUAAAGUGUUUCUUUCCUUUAAAGGCUAAGAUUAAGAUCUAAAUGCUGUUAGCCUAGCCACCAUGUUACCAACAUUUCCAUCAUGCAAGCCAUGUAUUAAUGUUCAAAAUGUCUUCAUUGGAUUUCAGAUAUUAGUUGGUUAGUAAUACAUGUAUAUGGCCAUUGUUUGCUCAUUGUUAUUAACAGUGGUCAAAUGUAUGUACGUGAAAAGACAAAAUGUUCAUGUUAAUUUGUUGUAUUUGAUUGUCUAUAUGGAAGAAAAGUGAAAUUCAGUGUGAGCGUUGUCCUUUGUGAAAUAUUUGUUUUUGAUCAUGAUGUCAGCAAAAAGGAUAAUAAAUUGUGAUAUUUACAUAUUUACUUUAAAUCGAGGACUAUUUUGUUUAUUAAUGGCAAAGAAUUAAAACUAUUUACUGUAAAAAUAAUUUAUAAAUAAUAAUAAUAAGUUGGACAUUUGAAGCAGCAGUUAUCAAUCCUUUGUUUCUUUUGUUUUUUCGGCUUCUUCCAAAAACAUAUCCAGAGGAUUAAAUACCGGAUUUGUUGGGUAGUAUCUCAUGACUGUUACGGUGUUUGUAGUAAAGCUGUGAGGCAUUUUGUAAAAGGAGGUGUCAUUUUAAAAGACGGUGUACCAUUGUUGGCACUGCAAACAUUAGUACCGUUACUUGUGCAUCUCACAGUUUGCAUAUUUUUGCGAAAAUGUUUGCUUGUCCUUUUUAAAUCUGUGUAUUCAUGAUCACCAGUUCAUGCCGUUAACACCAUGCAUUUUUAAGCAAUAUUAGGACUUGGAUACUGAAAAGUUCGAAGGAUUUCCGCUGUGUGACGACAAAAUGAUCUAAUGAUGAACAGGAUAGUGUUCCAAAAAUGACUAUGGUCUGUUUUUGGUGAUACGAAAGCUAUUGUGUCUGUAUUUAAUUGCAGAAACGAGGAGACGGUCGCUGUGAGUCGACAACUUAAAAUGAACAAAAAUAUGCAAAUAGAUUUUGAGUUUGCAUUGUGAUUUUCUAAUGGUGCUCCAAGACACCACCCUACCCAAAGCUGACAUUUUGCAUGCUGAAAGCUACUGAAGGCGUUGGGUUUACUUUGCUUUCCUGUGAAAUCAUUUUAAUUAUUGUGAAUUCAUUCAAUUUUGUUCGACAAAGGCAAUUUUGUUAAUAUGUUGGAAUUAAACAGUGCAUUUUGAUUUCAUGUAAUAUAUUUUAAGAUAUGUUAUGAUUUAUAUAUUUUAGUUGUAUUGCCAAUUGUUUUUGCAUAAGUUUUGGAAGAGGUAGGAUAUGUUUGAAGCUUAUGUGAUUAUGUCAAAAUUGAUAACUGUAAAUUCAGCUGCUUUCAUUAUUUUUGUUGUUUUUAAUAAAACUGAAUAAAUAUA